UUUCACUACGCAAAACCAUAUUCUCGGUUACAAGCUUCUACUUUAAUUCACUUCAUUUGUGUUUUACCUUGUCCUGAAUACAAGAAAUGGCGGAAGGAGUUCUUUUCAACAUUGCAGAAGGGAUCAUCGGAAGGCUAGGCUCCCUUGCUUUCCAAGAGAUUGGAUUGAUUUGGGGUGUCCAAGAUGAGUUCCAAAAGCUCAAGGAGACAGUUGCCGGAUUCCAAGCUGUUCUUCUUGACGCUGAGCAAAAGCAAGCCAACAAUGAAGUCAAACUGUGGCUGGAAUGCGUAGAAGAUGCAGUUUAUGAAGCCGAUGACGUGUUGGAUGAGUUUAAUACUGAAGUUCAGCGGAGACGUAAUACUAAGGUGUUAAAAAAGGUGCGUCUUUUCUUUUCUAGCUCAAAUCAACUUGUUUUUGGGCUAAAGAUGGGUCAUAAGAUAAAAGAUAUUAACAAGAGGCUUACUGAGGUUGCAUCUCGUAGAACCUCUCUACCCUUAGAAGUAAAUCGUGAAGAUACACCAUUUAUAAUGAGAGAGAGGGUCACUCACUCAUUUAUCCCUAAGGAAAAUAUUAUUAUAGGGAGAGAUGAAGAUAAAAAGGCAAUAAUCCAACUUUUGUUGGAUCCCAUCUCAACUGAGAAUGUGUCAACCAUUUCCAUAGUUGGAUUUGGAGGAUUGGGGAAAACUGCACUUGCCCAACUGAUAUUCAACGAUGAGGAGAUUCAAAAUCAUUUUGAGUUGAAAAUAUGGACAUGUGUCUCUAACGUAUUUGAGUUGGAUAAAGUUGUAAAGAAAAUCCUUCAAUCCGAACAUAAUGGGAUAGAGCAGUUGCAAAAUGAUCUUAGAAAAAAAGUAGAUGGGAAGAAGUACCUACUUGUGUUGGAUGAUGUGUGGAAUGAGGAUCAGGAGAAAUGGCUUAGCUUGAAGUACUUGUUAAUGUGUGGUGGAAAAGGUAGUAGAAUACUAAUUACCACUCGCAGUGAAACCGUUGCGACAAUAUCAGACACAGCUAAACCAUACACCUUAAGGGGUUUGAAUAAAGAGCAAAGUUGGUAUUUAUUUAAGAAAAUGGCUUUUAAAGAUGGAAAAGAGCCAACAAAUUCAACAAUUAAGACAGUUGGGACGGAGGUUGCAAGAAAAUGUCAGGGAGUUCCACUUGCUAUUCGGACGAUAGGUGGGAUGUUGCACACCAAACUUCACGAAAUAGAAUGGUUGAAUUUCAAAGAAAAGAAACUUUCAAAAAUAAGCCAGAAAGAAAAUGAUAUUUUACCAACACUUAAACUAAGUUAUGAUGUGCUCCCAUCACAUUUGAAACAUUGUUUUGCUUAUUGUAGCUUGUUCCCACCUGAUUAUAAGAUCUCUGUACAGAGAUUGAUUAGACUUUGGGUGGCGCAAGGGUUCAUUAAGUCAUCUGAUGAAAACGAGUGUUUGGAGGAUGUUGCGUUUGGAUAUUACAGGGAAUUGUUGUGUAGAUCGUUUUUUCAAGAAGAAGAAGAAGACGAGUCUGGUAGAAUAGAAAGUUGUAAAAUGCACGAUCUCAUGAAUGAACUUGCAAUCUUAGUGUCGGGGGUUGGAAGCGCCGUAGUUGAUCUUAACCAAAAGAAUUUUCAUGAAAAGCUUCAUCAUGUGUCUUUCAAUUUUAAGGUUGAUCCGUUGGAAUGGGAAGUUCCAACUUCUUUGCUAAAUGCAAAAAGGAUACGAACUUUUCUUCUUCCUUGCCAAGAGUAUUCGAUUGAUAAAGAUGGGUCAUUAUGUAAUUCAUUUUGUGCUACAAUUGUUUCAAAUUUCAAGUCAUUGCGUAUGUUGAGUCUCAACAGAUUAGGAAUUAUAACAUUACCUAAUUGUCUUAAAAAAGUGAAACAUUUGAGGUAUCUUGAUCUUUGUGAUAAUCCCAUGGAGAGACUUCCGGAUUGGAUAGUUGGACUUUCGAAUUUGGAAACACUAGAUCUCACAGGCUGUAGUAAACUUGUGGAAUUGCCUAGAAACAUUAAAAAAAUGAUCAACUUAAGGCAUCUCAUCUUGGAAGGCUGUUGGAAGUUGACUCGAAUGCCACGUGGAUUGGGUGAGCUGACUGGUCUUCGUACAUUGAAUAAUUUUGUUUUGAGCGAAAACAAUUCCAUGUUGAGAGACAGUGCUAGUCUUGGUGAACUGGGGAGGCUUAAGGAAUUAAGGGGACAAUUAUUUAUUUCCAAUUUGAGGCACGAGAAAGAUGUGAUGUCGGAGUCAAAUGGUGGUGCAUUACUGAAGGAGAAACAGCAUCUCCAUUCGUUGGGUUUAUUCUGGAAAAAGGGAGACGAUGUGAACGCGGUUGAUGAGGAGGAUAUUAUAAUGUCAAUGGAAGCAUUGCAACCCCAUUCUAAUCUAAAACAGUUGUUCGUGUCUGAUUAUGGUGGUGUGAGGUUUGCGAGUUGGUUUUCUUCUCUCAUUAAUAUUGUUCAUCUCACAUUGGUUUCCUGUGAGAGAUGCCAACAUCUUCCACCCUUGGAUAAUUUGCCUUCCCUUAAGAUUCUUGUACUUUCAAGGUUGAAGAAGUUGGAGUACAUAUCAGCGAAUGAGAGCAGUAAUAGUAAGAGUGAUGAGAUGAUGAGGAUGUCAUUCUUUCCCUCCCUGGAGUACCUCUGCUUAGAAAGCUGCCCUGUUCUGAAGGGAUGGUGGAGGGCGCACACUCAUGACAGUGCUUCUUCUUUUCCCUGUCUUUCUGAAUUGACUAUCAUGUCUUGUCCUAAUCUAACUUCCAUGCCCCUGUAUCCGAAUGUGGUUGCAAUACUUCUCGAUCAAACCAGCUCGAAGGUUGUUCCCUCCCUUGUUAGAGGAGCAUCUGAUAUUACACAUGAUGUUGGUAUUGAUGUUUCUGUCUCUUCUUCUUCCCCUCAUCUCUCCAAAUUAACACAUCUGACACUUUAUCGAAUUGAGGAUUUGGAAUGUAUAUCGUCGGAAGGGAUGGGGAACCUCAUAUCACUCCAAUCGUUUUCCAUUCAACAUUGCCCAAAUUUGGCAUCACUGCCAGAAGGGAUCGCCAGCCUCACAGCACUCCAAUCGCUUACGAUUGAAGAUUGCCCAAACUUGGCAGCAUUACCAGAAGGGAUCGUCGGCCUCACAGCACUCCAAUCGCUUACGAUUGAAGAUUGCCCAAACUUGGCAGCACUACCAGAAGGGAUCGCCGGCCUCACAUCACUCCAAAGGCUUACGAUUAAAGAUUGCCCAAAUUUGGCAUCACUGCCUGAAGGGAUUCGUUGACUUCGCUGUUUAAAUACAUUGCAAAUUUGGGACUGCCCCAUGUUAAGUUAAACAUGCAAGAAAGAAACAGGUAAGGACUGGCCUAAGAUUGCUCACAUUCCAGACAUUCAAUUGGUUCAGGUGUGUUUUCUAACUUGUUUGAAUUUACACUUGCCUAAUUCAAUAAACUAUGAAAUGUUCAAAUGCCAUUCUCGUUUCUUAAUUUUGUUCUUCUUUCAUCAUCACCAGCAUUUCUUUUCUUUUUUCAGAUGACAUACCAUGUGGAUCGAAAAUUUCGUCGUCCACAGUUUUGCUUUCUCACCCACUAACUUCCAAGUAUUUUUUUUUAAUUUCGUUCUUUUCUAUUAUGUAGUCUUAUAUGCAGUGAAUGGGGCGUCAACCCUUUGAAUUCAAUAUGUGAUGACUAUGUUGACUACUUAGAGUGGUUGUAUACGAUUUUGCUUUUGAUCGUUAGGGUUUAGAUACUAUGCCCCCCUGCUGUAUGUUUUCUUUUUAAAUAAUAUAAUAUGGGCGUGAGGGCCUAGCCCCCCAGCUUCGACUGGGUUCCAGCCCUCUUUAAAUA